AUGGCUAGCCCAACCUCUGGUUACUCCAUAAAUGUCAACGAUCCUAGCUUGAUUUCCCUCGUCAACAAGCUCCAGGAUGUCUUCUCUACUGUCGGAGUCCACAACCCCAUCGACUUGCCGCAGAUUGUCGUCGUAGGAUCUCAGUCGAGUGGAAAGAGUUCGGUGCUAGAAAAUAUUGUCGGUCGUGACUUCCUUCCUCGAGGCUCCGGAAUCGUGACGCGACGACCACUCAUUCUGCAACUGAUCAAUAAAACACCUGCGCCACAGGCCAACGGAGACAACAAGAUUGAGACAACAGACUCCGAAUCCAACGUGGACGAGUACGGCGAGUUCUUGCAUAUUCCUGGCCAGAAAUUUUACGACUUCAACAAGAUUCGGGAGGAGAUUGUGCGUGAAACGGAGACCAAGGUCGGCCGCAAUGCCGGCAUCUCGCCCGCCCCCAUCAACCUGCGCAUCUACUCGCCUAAUGUCCUCACACUCACCCUGGUCGACCUGCCGGGUUUGACCAAGGUCCCUGUCGGGGAUCAGCCCAAGGAUAUCGAGCGCCAGAUUCGGGACAUGGUUCUCAAGUAUAUCAGCAAGCCCAAUGCCAUUAUCCUGGCCGUCACCUCCGCCAACCAGGACUUGGCCAACUCGGAUGGAUUGAAGUUGGCCCGCGAGGUGGACCCCGAGGGUCAGCGCACCAUUGGUGUGUUGAGUAAGGUUGAUCUCAUGGAUGAGGGUACCGAUGUCGUGGAUAUUCUCGCCGGCCGAAUUAUUCCCCUUCGCCUGGGCUACGUCCCCGUAGUCAACCGUGGUCAGCGUGAUAUCGAAAACAAGCGGCCCAUUGCUUAUGCGUUGGAAAAUGAGAAGAACUUUUUCGAAAACCACAAGGCAUACCGCAACAAGGCCUCGUACUGUGGUACACCCUACCUUGCUCGCAAGCUCAACCUGAUCCUCAUGAUGCACAUCAAACAAACGCUUCCUGAUAUCAAAGCUCGCAUUUCAGCCUCCCUGCAAAAGUACACGGCUGAGCUCUCCCAGCUCGGCGAUUCCAUGCUUGGCAACAGUGCAAACAUCAUUCUCAACAUCAUCACCGAGUUCAGUAACGAGUACCGGACGGUCUUGGAGGGUAACAACCAGGAGCUGUCUAGCAUUGAGUUGUCCGGUGGUGCGCGUAUUAGCUUCGUGUUCCACGAACUCUACUCCAACGGUGUCAAGGCUGUGGAUCCCUUCGACCAGGUCAAGGACGUUGACAUUCGCACAAUACUCUACAACUCCUCCGGUUCCUCUCCCGCUCUUUUCGUCGGAACCACUGCUUUCGAGUUGAUCGUCAAGCAACAGAUCAAGCGCCUGGAGGAUCCCAGCAACAAGUGUAUCUCGCUGGUGUACGAUGAGCUGGUGCGCAUUCUUGGACAACUUCUGAACAAGCAGCUGUUCCGCCGCUAUCCACAGUUGAAGGAGAAGUUCCACGCUGUUGUCAUUGCCUUCUUCAAAAAGUGCAUGGAUCCGACGAGCAAGUUGGUCAAGGACCUGAUUGCUAUGGAGGCAACCUACAUCAACACCGGACAUCCCGACUUCCUGAACGGUCACCGCGCCAUGGCGAUUGUGAACGAGCGCCAGAGUGCGGCCAAGCCCACGCAAGUUGACCCCAAGACUGGCAAGCCCCUUCCAGCCCGUGCCCAGAGCCCCUCUUUGGACACCACCGGCGAGGCAUCCAACACCAGCGGUUUCUUUGGCAGUUUCUGGGCCUCAAAGAACAAAAAGAAGAUGGCUGCCAUGGAGGCUCCCCCUCCCACCCUCAAGGCCUCGGCUAGCUUGUCUGAGCGAGAGACCUCAGAGGUUGAGGUUAUCAAACUUCUAAUUACCUCCUACUUCAACAUUGUCAAGCGCACCAUGAUCGACAUGGUUCCCAAGGCCAUCAUGUACACCCUUGUGCAGUUCACCAAGGACGAGAUGCAGCGAGAGCUGCUAGAGAACAUGUACCGCAACAACGAGCUGGAUGACCUGCUCAAGGAGAGUGACUACACUGUCCGCCGGAGGAAGGAGUGUCAGCAGAUGGUCGAGAGCUUGGGUCGCGCCAGCGAGAUUGUCAGCCAGGUUCAGUAA